AGAGCCUGAUGCUCGGGCCGCGGAAGGAGGAACCGGCAGCCGGUCGAGGUGUUCCUGGGACGAUGGAAGAGCCUUUCACGGAGAAGGAUUUCUAUGCCGAGCAUCUGGAUCCCAAAGACUAUCUGGAAACAUACUACAAAGUCAGCUCUCUGGAUGAAGGAGUGGGCCUUCUUCUAACCUUCUUCCUGAAAGGUGCCCACAGGGCAUUCAUCUUAGAUGGCAUCAAGGGAGACACCCUGAUUGACAUCGGCAGCGGCCCAACCAUCCACCAGUUCCUGUCCGCCUGUGAAUCCUUCCGAGAGAUCGUAGCCACCGACUACGCUGACCAGAACCGGGAGGAGAUGCAGCGAUGGCUGAAAAAGGAACCGGGGGCUUUCGACUGGAGCCCCACUGUGAAAUACGUCUGUGAGCUGGAGGGAGACAGGGAAAAGUGGCCAGAGAAGGAAGAGAAAGUGCGAAGAGCUGUCAGGCAGUUCCUGAAAUGCGAUGUGACCCAACCCAACCCUUUGGCUCCGCUCGUUCUUCCUCCUGCGGAUUGUUUGCUCUCCACUUUGUGCUUGGAUGGGGCUUGCAAAGACAUCCCCACCUACCGAAUGGCCUUCAGGAACAUCAGUUCCCUGGUGAAACCAGGGGGGCACCUUCUCUUUCAUACAACCCUUGAGGGGCACUAUUACAUGAUUGGCCAACGCAAGUUCUCAGCCCUCUACUUAGAGAAGGAGGUGGUGGAAGAGGCAGCAAGACAGGCUGGCUUUGUCAUUAAAUGGCUUGAAGAAACCAGGAUCAACUUCCCCUUGUCUGUAGCUGAUGAGAAGGGGCUGUGCAUACUUCUUGCCCAGAAAUGUAGCCCAUGAAAAUGACGCAGCUGUUGUCAUAACCAUUAGAGGCUUCUCCAACCAUUGUUAAGAUUGGGUGAUACAAGUUAGGGAAGAAAGAGGGCGCAUGGCUUCUGGAAUCCUUCCCACCCCUUUCCUAGCAUGCGCAUAGGAGAAGUCUGUACAUUCUUCUGUGUAAUAAAGUAGCAUCUUGCAUCUG